CGGCGGCGGCAGCAGCAGCAUGAAGGAGGCGCGGUUCAGGGACCACUUCUGGAGUACGGAUUUGACGAGCACGGUUGGCUAUGACAACAUCAUACAGCAUUUGAAUGACGGCAGGAAGAACUGCAAAGAGUUUGAAGACUUUUUGAAGGAAAGGGCAAUCAUAGAAGAAAAAUAUGGCAAAGAGCUCAUUAACUUGUCAAAGAAGAAGCCCUGUGGACAGACAGAGCUGAACACCCUGAAGAGAUCUCUUGACGUUUUUAAGCAACAGGUAGACAAUGUGGGGCAAAGUCACAUCCAGCUGGCACAAACCCUUCGAGAGGAAGCAAAGAAAAUGGAGGACUUCAGGGAAAAGCAAAAACUGCAUCGGAAAAAGAUAGAGCUCGUAAUGGAGGCAAUUCACAAGAACAGGAAUUUGCAGUACAAGAAGACCAUGGAGGCAAAGCGACUCUACGAACAACGCUGCAGGGAUAAAGACGAAGCAGAGCAGGCUGUGCACCGCAAUGCAAAUCUAGUCACGCAGAAGCAGCAGGAGAAGCUAUUCCUGAAGUUGGCUCAGACAAAGUCAGCUCUGGAAGACUCCGACAGGAGUUAUCAGCAGAAUGUUGCUGCACUGGAGAAGAUCCGUGAAGAAUGGCACAAAGAGCACAUCAAAGCUUGCGAGUUCUUUGAGACUCAGGAGUGUGAACGGAUCAGUUACUUCCGCAGUGCCCUGUGGCUUCAUGCCAACCAGCUGUCUCAGGACUGUGUCCAGAACGACGAGAAAUAUGAGGACAUCCGCAAGAGUUUAGAAAUGUGCAGCAUUGAGAAGGAUAUUGAAUUUUUUGUAAAUUUACGCAAAACUGGAAGUUUGGCCCCAGCUCCUGUUGUUUAUGAAAACUACUAUAACGCACAGAGAAAUGCAGCACCUGUGAGAAGUCAGGCUCCUGUGCCUAUAUCAAGGAGGGGACCUUUACCCACACCGACCAGCGGGCCAGAUGAUCCUGAUUACGUUACAGUCGAUGGCUAUAGCUUGAUACAUCAUUAAUAGCCACAGUUCUCCAGACAGUGCUUCCAAGCAGAAGACAUUGCCUGACCAGCAUGGCAGAGGUGGUGUUUUCAGUUGUUCCCAGAAACACAGAACUGAAAUGCUUCUCCAUUUUACAAAAGUAAUUGAGGACUCUGAUAAUUAUUUGUACGUUCAAAAAGCGGCUACUAAAGAUCUCUUCCUUUCGUCAGCAAAUUCUGUCGACAGACAUCUUAUCUUCACACUCAGGGGAAAAAAAAAGAAUAUAAGCACUGGACCUGGAUGCAAGGGGAUCUUCUGUGUCAGCAGAAGUUUUGAUUUGAAGUUCUUUUACUGUGCACUCAUCUGGAAGAGCCUGGAGCCUUUUACUCUCUAGAUAACUGAGAAAUCACCUGUGCCAAGAGGAGCUCUGUGUGAUGCUUUGGACAUGCUGAUUUGUGUUCAGAGCAUAUUUAUCCCACUCAGACCUACGGUUAUUCAAAGCUGAGGUUUCACUUUGGCCCAUUUAUAAAGUUUGUCAUUAAUAGUGAUUAAGUUUGUAAUCUGGACUUAAUUUUAGUAAUGUCUCUCAGGGAGCUUACUUAAAGCAGCACCAAAGGUUACAGCUCUAGGCACGGGUCUGGCUUUGCUGUGCACGUACUCCAGGCUUAGGCACUGAUACUGAAAGAUGAUUUGUAUCUUGCCUGGUGUAGCAGCCCUCACCACAGCCACCUAAGGAGAGGCUGUGCUGCUACAGAGCUGUUGGGAAUUCACUCACCCUACGAAGUUGUUGAGGGUCUGAAGGAAGUCAGUCAGCUCUUCCAGCCACCCCUGGGGCUUCCAUUUUUUUGGCUCACAGGAUAGCUUGUCCCUGACAAGCCCUGCAGACCCCACUUUGGUUAACUUCUAGGAGUCCCUGUACUUUGGACAAAUAUUGGUGAUAGAUCAACAUUCACAACCCAGUAGUUGGGGAGUGAUGGCAUUAAGGAUAUUAAUAAUAGCAGAAUUUCCAUUUACAAAUGGGGACUGACUAUGCACCAUUAAAAAUAAAUUUGGCUACUAAUGUUGGCUUAGAGCCAUGGACUUUCCUAAUCAGAUCUCAGAGUUUGUGCCCCUUUUGUUACCUCGUGUCUGAUGAUUGCUUUGAUUCAGAAGCGCACAUUUUUUAGGGCUAUUAGUCUCACUGAAGUCUCUAUGUGCAGUGCAGACUUAACAGCUCCUUCAGUGCCUUACGUCAGUUAGACAUAGAGAGCAAGACAGCAUUUUAUUUGUCUAAAUCUGGUGCCAUAUUAUUCAGUUUGGAGUGGCAAAAAUGAUUCUUCAUCCAGUUGUAUGAUGUUCUUCGUGUUGAAUCUGCAUGACUUCAGCGUGUACCCAAGCCCAUAGGUCUUUGGAGCUUUGCUGUAUUUCCUUGUGUGGAAAAGAUCACAGUGAGCUUUAAAUUCUGCCUGGCUGCGAUGUAAUGACAUGUACCAAGUGCACAUGUAAAGAAAUAAUUUGUCCUAUUUUACUCUAGAAGACCAAAUCUCCUAAUAUUCUUCUGAAGGAGUCUACUGUAGU